AUGGGAAUCAAGGGCCUGACGGCGCUGAUGCGAGACAACGCCCCCGGGGCGAUCAAGGAGCAAAAGUUCGAGUCCUACCUCGACCGGCGCGUCGCGAUCGACGCGUCGAUGCACAUUUAUCAAUUCAUGAUGGUGGUGGGGAGACAGGGCGAACAACAGCUGACGAAUGAGGCGGGAGAGGUGACGUCGCACUUGCAGGGGAUGUUGAAUCGAACGUGCCGAAUGCUCGAGGCGGGAAUAAAGCCGAUUUACGUGUUCGAUGGGAAGCCGCCGGUGAUGAAGGGAGGAGAGCUGGCGAAGCGCAAGGACAAGCGAGAAGAGGCGGAGGCGGCGUUGAAGGCGGCGAGAGAGGCGGGAAAUCAAGAAGAGGUGGAGAAACUGUCCAAAAGAACGGUGCGAGUGAGCAAGCAACACAGUCAAGAGGUGAUGAAACUCGCGUCGUUGCUCGGAGUGCCCGUGUUCGAGGCGCCGUGCGAAGCCGAGGCGUCGUGCGCGGCGAUGUGCAAGGCGGGACUGGUGUGGGCGGUGGCGACGGAGGAUAUGGAUACACUCACGUUCGCCGCGCCGCGGUUGGCAAGAAAUUUGAUGGCACCCAAGUCUCAGGACAAGCCGGUGCUGGAGUUUGACUACGACAAAGUUCUAGCCGGUCUCGGGCUCACGCCCGAGCAAUUCAUCGACAUGUGCAUCUUGUGCGGGUGCGACUAUUGCGACACCAUUCGCGGGAUCGGUCCGAAGACGGCGUUGAAGCUUAUCAAAGAACACGGUUCCAUCGAAAAGAUUCUCGAAGAGAUCGACACUGAGAAGUAUCCUCCGCCUCAGGAUUGGGAUUUUGCCGGCGCUCGUGAGUUGUUCAAAAAUCCCGAAGUCAUGGACACGACGGGCAUCGCAUUGAGUUGGAAGGCGCCAAACGAGGAAGGAUUGAUUGACUUUUUGGUCAAGGAAAAGCAAUUUAACGAGGAACGCGUGCGCGCCGUGUGCGCCAAAGUCAAGAAGGCGCGCCAAGGUAAAGCGUCGCAAAACCGCCUCGAGAGCUUCUUCGGCCCGCCGACCAUAAUCUCCAGUACCAUCGGCAAGCGCAAGGUUGAAGAAAAGAAGGGUAAAAACGGCAAGGCUGGUCUCGCGAACAAAAAGUCUAAAGGCGUCAGUGGCUUCAGACGAUCGAAGAACUGA